CUUAUAUAUCGGGGGAGUGGUAGGUAGCUGGACGUCAUUUAUGCCAUGUCAAAUAAUAUGAGUUCAUACAUACCUAUAUAAACCUUUUUGCUUUUCAAACGAAGUGUCUAAUCGGCCGGUAGAUCCGGAGGGUCUUCGCCGAAACAUCCCAGAAGCAGAUCACAAUCUGAUGCAGAGCAGCUGACAACAACCUCGUAGCUAGGUACGCAGCACCAUUUUCUGCUUCCUCACUCCGCCAUUGUCGACCUAUUCUCACAUCGUCUUAACACAAAAUGCAUGACCUACCCGACGAGAUUAACCUCGUCACCCUCAACUGCUGGGGCCUCAAGUACAUCUCAAAGCUGCGCCGAGAGCGACUGGCUGAGAUUGGCCGCCAGCUCGCCAUCGCCGACCCGCAGCCUCACAUCGUCGCGCUGCAAGAGUGUUGGACGCAGGAGGACUACAAGAGCAUUCGCCGGCAGACCCGCUUUAUCCUGCCCUAUGGCAAGUUCUACCACAGCGCCGCGCUCGGCGGCGGCCUGGCCAUCCUGUCGCGCUGGCCCAUCGAGGAGAGCACCAUGUAUCGCUACCCGCUGAAUGGCCGCCCGACGGCAUUCUGGCGCGGCGACUGGUAUGUUGGGAAAGGCGUGGCCUGCGCCAAGAUCCGCUACGGGCCGGCCGCGAAGCAGGUCAUUGAGGUUUUCAACACGCACACUCACGCCCCUUACGAGGGCGACAAGCCAGACGACUCGUACCUCUGCCACCGCACUGCCCAGUCGUGGGAGAUGGCCAAGCUGCUGCGAGGGGCUGCCGAGCGGGGCCAUCUGGUGAUCGCGAUGGGCGAUUUCAACAUGAUCCCCAUGUCGCUCGAACACCAGCUCGUCACAGCUCUUGCCCCCGUUCGCGAUGUCUGGCGGGUUCUACACCCUGGCAGCUCGGUGGGGCCGGCCCAUCACCCAGCCGAGAAGGCGCGUCAACGCCCGGUUCCGACAGCCGAGUUCAACAUUCAGGAAAACGGCGCUGCUUCGGACGGCCCGUAUAACACCUGGCGCUGGACCAAGGCGCAACAGAAGCUGUUGGGGCCAGGGAAGCCGCCAGUGACAGUGCCCCCAGACACUCUGGACUACCUCGGGAAACGGCUAGACUACAUCUUCGCCGGCUCCGGCGACAUCCGUGCUCUCGGCGGCGGCUGGGUAGUCAAGCGGGUCAGCGUAGGCAUGAUGAUGCGGCACCCCGAGCUGGGCUGUUCUCUGAGCGACCACUUCGCCAUAGAAUCCACACUCGCCUUCCACCCAGUCCGGCACUCCCAUCGCGAACACGCACCACCGGAAUCCGACUCCAACCCAACCACCACCGUCCCACCCUCCGACGACUCCAUACCAAUAACAACAAGAAUACCAACAACAACAAACUCCCCGAUAAACUCCAAAACCGACUCAGCCCUCCACAAAGGCGCCUACCUGCAACUCCAAUCCCCGGCCCCCAGCCCAACCCCUGACACCGACCCCUCCACGGCCCCUGCACCCCCUGCCUCGCAGCUCCAAUCCUUCCUGCACCCCUCGCCGGACACGCUGCCGGCCAAUGCCUACGACGAGAUCCUCUCGCUGAUCAAGUCCUACCGGGCAAGGGAAGAGAGCCAACUGACCUGGCGCGGCCGGCACUUCUUCGCCUCGGUGCUGGUCACCGUCGCCUGCCUGGUGGCGGUGUGGUUCAGCCCGGGCAACUACGUGGCCUUCGUCCUGAUGCUGGUCAGCUCGCUGGGCCUGGCGGCGGGCACGGUGGACGGCCUGAUGGCGCUUCUGUUCUUCCGGAGCGAGCUGAAAGCGCUGCGCGAGUUUGAGUGGGAGGUAAGGAACGCCAAGGGGUUUAUUUUGAGUGGCGCUGUAGGAAGAGGAGGAGGAGGAGGAAUGGGGAGGGAUGAGCUGGAGGAGGAAUGGGCGGAGUAUUAGAUGGGUGAAGGGGGGAAAGGGGAUAUGACGAGGGUUCGGGAAAGGCUGCUCAGUCAGCGCGCAUUGGGGUAUCUCAGUUGAUCACUUGGCAGUGGACGUGGCCGUGUGUCUGUAAUAUCCAGGUAUUGGUUAGGCUAGAAGAAUUCAUGUUCUAUCUGAUCUAGCGAGCUUUGCAGAGGAAUGGUUGACCUGGUAGUUUUCUUCUAAGGGAUAAUUGGCUUCAUUCAGUUACUAGUUGUUAUGAAUAGAGAUGUGAACCGCCUUAUGCGUGUUACAUCACAGGAAGAAAAAAAAAGGAGCCGUGAUGUUCUCGAAGGGAAUGUAGCGAGGAGCUAGUAUAAGGAACGUCUCGUGUGC